UCCAAAGGGAGUCACGCCUGAGAGGGCAGGGCGGAGAGAACGGGCAGGGAGAAGAAACGAAGCGAGACGCGGAGCUGAAGGUCAUCCAGUUGUGCAUCAUGAUGGUGUGGCCCCAAUCUCUCCGCAGAGGGACACGGGUCCUUUUUCUCUGCCUUUUGGUGCAGUCCCGUCUCCAUCUGGCUGCCCUCCUCCCUGAGGGGUUGGAAGGCCAGUUGGGCGAAGCUCCAGAGGCGGCCAAGAAAGAGUGGACAGAGGUGGGCCCGGAUGACGGGCAGCAGAAGGGCAGCAGAGAGGAGCUCUUCCAAGACUUGGAUCCCAAGGCCCUCGCCGCUGUCCUCCUGCAAGCCCUUCAGACUGCACCCCAGGGCUCCAGGGAGUCGCCCCUCAGCCCCCAGUCCAGGGCCGAUGAAGAACGCAUCCGGGGCCAGACCAGGAGCUCUGAUGUGCGGCCAGAGAGCCUGCAGGGCUGGCCAUCCAACAAGGACAGAGAUCAGCCACAAGAGGGGAAGGCCCAGGAGGCUGAGAAAAGGGCCUCUGACCAGCAGGAGCUAGAGAACCUGAAGUCCAUGUUGAAGGAGCUGCAGCACUUCAGCCCCACCGACCAGCGAGGGGAGCCUUCCUACCGCCAUCUGGCGGCCCCCUCCGAGUCUCCCCAAGGGCCCCGCCCUGACGACGUGCUCAAGGAACUAGAAGAGUACCAGCAACUCAAGCCCCACACCAAGCGCAGGGCACCCCCUCAGGAGCCCUGGGCCGGAGCCCGGAAGCUGAGGCAGCAGCAGCAUCUGGAGCACCAGCUCCUGCAGCGCCGCUAUGAGGAGCUGGCCGAGAGCCGGAAGCAGGCGGAGGAGGCCCGCCGGGCUGCAGCCGAGGAGGAGCGCCUGGCAGACGUGGCCUCCGACCUGCUCCUCCAGUACUUGCUGAAGGAUGGUGAAGAGGAGGAGGAGGAGGAGGGGCAGCGAGGGGCCAAUGCUCAGGAGGAGUCAGAAGGAGGAGGCGGAAGCAAGGUGGCCUCCCUCCUCUUUGGAGACGGGGAGGACAAUGUGGCGGAAGACAAGCGAUCCAACGAGACCCCGGAGGUGGGGGAGGAGGAGGAGGAGGAGGAGGACAUAGAUCCGAACACCAUUGACCGUUUGAUUGAGCUGUCCAGCAAGCUGCACUUGCCUGCCGAUGACGUCAUUGAUAUAAUCAACGAUGUGGAGAAAAAGAAGAAGGAGGAGGGGGAGGGGCCCGAGCCCCGCAGCAAGGGCAAGCCGUUGGGGGCUCCCUCCCGCAGCAAGCCCAGGAAGGCCCCUUCCCACCCCAGUGUUCGCCAAGAGGCCCGCCCUGUCCCCAAAGCCUUCCGCCCCACGGCCUUCCAGACGUACCGCCACCUCCCCAAGCAGGAGGAGGCCGCCUGGAACGAAGUCCUGAAGGGGAACGAGUUCCCUGUGCCCAAGCGGUACCAGGCCAAGGACGGAGGCACCAACCACGUCUCCAACCACAUCAGCCCCCGGACUUUCCAAACUCCAGCCCGCCACCACUACCGCCACCUGCCGGGCCCCUCGGUGCCACGGGACGGCUACUAUGACAUCCAAGCCCACGACGAGGACCUGGAGAACUACCUGGAGAACCUGCUGAUGAAGCACCCCAAAGUUUUCUAGUGAAGGUGGCAGCAGCUGCUUCUCCCCCCACCCCCACGCCCACCCCCUCAAAGAAACUUGGCCACUCACAGUGUUUCUGACAUAAAUCUGGGUUCUUGCAUGAUUCAGGAGAACCAAGUCUCCCCACCUGGUGGAAGGUCCCAGGAUCCGGUGCCUGGGGGAAGCCAGCCACCCUCCCUUUUCAUCCGACUUCAGAAUAGCUGCCCCCCGGGGGGAAAGGGGAACUUCCCUUUCUCCAUCCUCAAACCUAAAGGAGCCUCUCUGAGCAGCCCUUCCCACAGACUCUUUAAGCCUCCCCCCCCAAGGCAGUGCAGCCAGAGGCCUUCGCAAGAGCAGGACAAAUCAUAGGCCCUCUCUUCCCAGGGCAGGGUCAGGUGAAAAUGCCGGUUGCAUCAUGACUCCUCUGAAGCUCCUGGUUACCCCUCCCACCCUGUCUGGCAGAACUCUGGAGAAAGCCACGUUCCAUGGCACUCGCAGAAAGAAUUUGCAGAAAGGAAUCAGGAGAGAGACAGGAAGUCGGGUGUGGUGACAAAGGCCCACCUCUUAAAUGCUCCCUCUUCACCCGCCCUCCCAUGUCUCAGAUCAGACCCCUUGGCCUCUCCCACCCCCAUGAAGCCUGGCAAGGCAGACAAGCCAGUCUAGACCACCAGGCAGCCCAGGGUGGGUUGGGGCUGAUCCUGAAGUAUGGGUUGCAGCAGUGGUCAAUUCCAGCUAGCUCUAGACAGCGACUUUGAGGGAUGGGGCUUCUGUCUUCAAGAGACAAGGAGAGACAGCAGCCAGUGAGGUCAAAUUUUUGGCUUCCCCAAAAUAUAAUUAUUGGACUUGGGGCAGGGGGUUGUAAUGGAACAACUUGUUACUGAAGAACUCACCAUCUGUUCUCCUCCUCCUCCUCCUCCUCCUCCUCCUCCUCCCAUUCAGAGUCCCAAUGUCCAAUUCUCAGAAUCUGCCUGGACAAAUCACUGUGGUUUUCUUGGCAAAAUCUUUUAGAAGUGGAUUGCCAUUUCCUAGGGCUGCAAGAAAGUUGCCUAGGUGGCUUUGUGCCUGGCAGGACUAGAACGCACUCUCUCCUGGUUUCUAGCCUGAUACCUGAUGCACACACUAAAUUGGUUUCUUUCAUCUGCUUUUUGUCACAGUCUAAUCAGUGAGCAGAAGUGAAUUCCCGCCAGUCUCAUACUGCAGACCCUCCUGAUUGGCUACAGGGACAUUUCAAACCAACCCAAAAACUAGAAAGAGCUUCAGGAGCAGCUUCUUGAGGCCUUCUCCCUCGAGUAUUCCCAGGUAACAAGAGAGUGCCUUAGGAGCACAGCCUGAACCUGCUAGCCCAAGUCCUUGGUGUCUGUUUAUACUUUCCCCCCUACCAUACAUUGGCUUUUUUCCAGCUAGCAGAGAAAGGGAUCUCAAGAGAUGCAAACCAAUCUUUUCCAAAGUGGUCAAAGGGCAGGAAAUAAGGCUGGGCAAAGAUGGCUCCAAUGGCAUCUGCUGAUUUGGCCGGUGUGUUCUUACAUUCUGUGGAUUACAGAUCCAAGAGAGGCUUCCUCACAGAACGGAGAUUGGGCCUCCAAUUCUGCCCUUGAGUCAGGCUGCCUCCGUUAUGGAAAAAAGUCUGUAUCUCAUAACUGGGACGGCAGCACGGGGAGGGCGCAGAGCAGGGUGAAGGGAGAGGAGGGCAGACCUGGUCUCCUCUGGAGGGCAGAGGCUCCUGUAGCCUCAUUCCGCUCUCCAGAGGAGUCUUCCUCCUCCUGGCUGCCACCUGACCCCAUUGCUCCAAGAGGCGCCCUCUGGCAAUCUGGGGCAGCCGGGCCCUCGUCCUCGGCUCCUAGGCGGGUGAUGGACAGCAAGGAGUCACGUGAGCAUCACGCUGGUAUUCUGCACCCAGAGCCAAGGGACCCUCCAGGGGGUGGGGAGGUUGGGCUUGAGCAUGCUUCAGUAGACCCGCUUGUGAACAUUCAUGACCAUCCAAAGCUGCCUGCCAGAGGGAUCUACCUGGGUGAGCACUAGAAGGCUGACGAGGUUGUGGCGAAGGUGGCAGUUUGCACGUGUGUAAGAAUUUUCCACUGACAUCAAUCCUAGAGUGUGCAAGUUUCUUCAAUUUGUGGUGUCCAGUCCUGUACAAACAAGCAGAAGUUGCUUUGAUGUCUGGUCCAUUUUGUUGUACUUGAAAUAAAACACAUUUGCCCUGUU